UGGGAGUUCCCCAGAGUUGGGGAUGGUAGAGAAAAGCGGAAUGAAGGUCUGCACUCUGUCAGAGUAAGCAACGGGGCAGAAGCAUGGAUGCUGCAUUCCUAGAAGGCAAGGAUGCUCACUCUGUCCUGAAGCGUUUCCCUCGGGCCAACGGCUUCCUGGAGGAGUUGAGACAGGGGAACAUCGAGAGGGAGUGUGGUGAAGAGAGCUGCAGCUUUGAAGAGGCAAAUGAAGUGUUUGAGAACAAGGAGAGAACGAUGGAGUUUUGGAAAACUCGCAGCGUCUAUACAGUGAGCAGCAGCGAGGGGCGCUCUGAGCGAGCGGACACAGUCUACAUGGUGGUUCCUCUGCUGGGCGUGGCCCUGCUCAUCAUCAUCGGCCUUUUUCUACUCUGGAGGUGCCAGCUUCAGAAGGCCACUCGUCGACGGCCCGCCUACACCCAGAACCGCUACUUGGCCAACCAUCGCAGCACCCGCAGCCUUCCACGAAUUCUGGUUCAUCGGGAAGCGCCCUGCGAAAACCUGCACCAGGAAUCCAGUUCACGUCCCACUGUGGUGGUGAGUGUUGCUGAGAGGGGAGGAGGUUCCCAGUCAGACUGCCAUGUCCUUCACCAGCAGAACACGUGUGGCCUCUAUGUCCAGGACUCCUCUCAGUCAGUGGUGUCCCGGCUGUCUGGUGCUACACCGCCUCCAUCUUAUGAGGAGGUGACAGGACACCAGGAAAGCAGUGGUGAUGAGACCACAGCCCCUUCAUACAGCGACCCUCCACCCAAAUAUGAGGAGAUUAUAAAGAAAAAAUGAAACCGAGGCAAACAUAAUGCUGCCAUAGCUGUUGCUCCCCCUCUUCGUCUGAAGGAGGUCAAGGCUGGCAAAAGAGUUGUUUCUGCCUCAGUUGGUUCUGCGUUUUGCUUAAACCAUGUUUGUAAUUCCCUUUUUUUUCACCAUUCCCAUAACCUUUAUUCACUCCUGGGUGUUAACUGAAGCCAUUCACCACCAUGCCCUUACCAGAUAAUUCUUUUAGCUUUGACCCUGGUGUUGACACAGAAGGUACAGCGAGCUGCAGGGUAAUGAUUUGGCACACAGGACGCUCACUUAUCCCCCUAUGGCCCUCAGCAGGCAGCAGGUUUCUGAAUCUCUGGGCUGUCCCUGUAACUGUAAGCUUUUCUUGCCAAAAAGCUGCCACUGAGUGUGCAUAGUAUGACUCUUUAAACUGUACAUACAGAGUCAAUAGUGGAAACAUUGGGAUUCAAAUUCAACAUUAUUGCUUAGUUGUAUCUUCUCAUUGUUUUAGAUCAUUUACAAGUUUUUUUUGCAUCACUUAUCUCAACUUUACAGGAAAGACUCAUAAUCAACUGCAAAUCAGGCUAAGAUUGACCAACUUCACUUAAUGAUAUUCAGCUUCAACUUUCCAAAUAUUGACUAUCACAAUUUUGGGAAGUGUGGGACCAUAUCUACACACCAGCUGUUAGCUGCUGUAAGAGGAAGUCCCUACAGUCCCUUCCUUUUCACAUGCUCACUAGUUACUGACUGAAAACUCCUCCAGUCAGACAGACUCCGCUCACAGGUUGUGGGGAGGUUCCUUCAGUUCUCAUGGAUCUCAGAUAAAACAGACUAAAAUGAUGUUUCCUCAUUUAAAACAAAUGUGUUGGUGGGGAGCCAAAUAACCCUUUUCUGUGCUUUGCGUACAAAAGUUAAAGGACUGAUUCUCAUGAGUGUCAGAGAGAGGUGAGGUUAUUUUUCUUUACAUCGUGUAAAUACUGGCCAUGCUUCCUUACUCUGACGGGUGGUCCGACCGAUAGACCAAAGGUUUGUUAAAUUAACCAGGGUUAAUUUUCCAAGCCAACUUUGCUAUUUUUUGAACAUUUGUUGUAUUUGUAAUAUGGAUUAAGAUAAUUGAUUGCUUUUAUAGUCAUUAGACAACAUUUUAAGAAAUGUAUUUAUGAAAUUGGUCACGAGGCAGAAUUCUCAGACACGUGCUUAUUACAGUCCCUUAUUACAGGAUUUUGUGCUUUACUCAAUAUUAAUAUUUUUGGCUAAUUUCUAAUAAUGUUGGCUUUAUAGAAUCCUUUAUAAUAAAUAUAAAACCUGUUGUUUAAAGGCAGACCUAAAUAAACCAUUCUGCUCUACAGAGCAGACAUCAGUAUCCAGGAACCUGCUAAAGGACCCAGUUACAAAACAUUUGUCUUCGGAAAUCCCAACCUACUCUUUAAUUGACUUUCCUAAAAGUCAACAGAGGUUGUCAAUCUUUAGCUAGAUGAUCCUAGACAGAUACACUCAAACACACACAUUAAGAACUGCACAAUAACAAUUAUGUGUAUGUUAUGUGUGUAUGUGAAUGCAUAUACUGUUUGUGUGUGUAUGCACACAUACACAUUCAUGCAUGCUCACAAAGAGCACAAGUGGCAGUCCCCUUCGCAACACCAACAGUCACUUCAGUUGUUAUAUUUGACAUAGUGCAGUUAGUGUAACGGUACAGUUGUGUUACCACAUUACUCUACAAUCUAAGUGAAUAACUAAAUAAUAACCUUACAAAAAUUCAAAUCAUGGUCGCAAAAUCACUGGAAACAGUCUGUAUGCUGACAGAUGUUUAGUGCUGCACUUCCCAAAAACAUAGAAUUUCUUUAUACUUAUUAAUCCUCUAACAUGAAGCCAACUGGUAAACAUGUUAAGCCAAUGUCUGGAAGUCCAAGUUUCUCUGUUUAGUAGUGGUUGGUGUUUUUCAGGAGAAACUAUAUUAUUUUUGACUGGCUUACUUUUACCAUCACCCCCUGAAUGUGUGACGAUGCAUUAUGCCAUAAAUACUAUUUGACACAUUCUAAAAGUAUGGAAUCUCAACAAGCGGGGAGGGUUUGUCUCAAGUGACUGUUCAAGAAUCAUGCCGGGUUUUUUCCUGAAAUAUUCAGACACUAACUAAUAAUGCAUACUAUAAAUGAUUGCUGGCCAUUUUCAAAGUCAAGCUUUUGCAUUUGAGAUUUCGGUUUUUUCUGCAGUGCACAAAGAACUGACCCAUUACCAGACAUUUUUCAAUUCAGACCUGACGCUAAAGACUUAGAUUUGUGUUGCAUAUGCCUAAUUUGAGAUUUAAUUGUCAAAUAAUGGUUAUAGGAAGAAGAAGUUUACUAAUCAUCCUAGCUUGCAGUUGACUACUCUUUAAUAAUAACUAACUAACUAUUCCUUAACUAUCUUCCGCAUAGUUUGGCUUUUCUGUCUUUCAAGUUUUUGGAGCAUUAUCAUUUAACAACCAUUCAUCUAUUGACACAUUUACAGAUUCGUCUACACAUUUACAAAUGCCUGUUUAUGUAUAAACUACAUUUGCAGAUCCCUAUAGAUAUUUACAAUCUCCAUCCGCAUUUAGAAAUGAUUUUACCAUGCAAUUGCAAACCUUUCUGCUGUGUAAUUGGCCCUAUUAUUAGGCUACAUUAAAAAAGUGAAAAAAGCGGCAUGGUUUGAAAAAUGGUUAAUGGUACAUUAGUCAUUCCUGCUUCCCAAUGUAAUUGAUUUAUGUGAAAUGGAUGUGUGUGACUGAAAAAACAAUAAUAUUGUUCAGUGAGAUCAGUUUUGUUUGUGAUGUAUGAAUGCAUGUUCAAUAUUCAUCUCAGAAAUUAGGUGUGUCUUGAAGUACUUUCUAUAUCCCGCAAAGUGAAGUGUACACUUGAGUUGCACAUUUUAUUACCACGUCCGAUAAGGUGCACUUACAGCUUUCCGCCGGUGGCUUAUUUUUAUAUUCUAUUCUGUACUUAAGUUAUUCACUGCCAAUCCUAUAGCCUGCAAACUAUUUCUCAUGGGCCUUUUGCCACUUUCUAAAAAGAAAUAUUCAAUAUUGUAAGAAUGUUUUAUUUAUUUUGUAUGUUUCACCUCAAACUGAUUUUUUCUUUCCCACGAAAAUGGAUGUAUCAUAUACAUGUUCUUCUUUUUCUUGUAUUACUUUGACUUUAGCCUUUUUUAAACAUAAUAAAUAUCACAUUUAAAUAUUCAUA